AAUGUUGCUUAAAGGAAUUUCAUAAAACGUCUUGUCGAAUCAAAAACAGUUGCAGAAAUAAUUUAAUUUCAUUGGAAAACACUUGUAUUUAAUCAUAAAAACUUAGUAUAACUUUUUACUCAAGAUUUAAAUCAUCAAAGAAUAUAUAAGGAUGUCUCUUACUUGGUCAUUAAUAGCUGGAUUUCUUUACACCGAAGUCUUCAUUGUUCUACUCUUAGUUUUACCACUUUUCAGUGCUUCGAAAUGGAACCGCUUCUUCAAAUCGCGUUUUCUUGCUGCAUUUGCUCGACAAGCACAAAUAUACUUCUAUUUAGUGCUUGGGGUUUUGGUGAUCUUUUUACUUGAAGCCAUUCGUGAGAUGAGAAAAUAUUCAAAUGUUGAAGAAGAAACAACCUUGAACUUAGGGAUGCAACAUAGCAUGAGAUUAUUCAGAGCUCAAAGAAAUUUCUACAUUUCUGGAUUUGCAAUUUUCUUGUCGCUUGUCAUUCGUCGUUUGAUCAUCUUGAUUUCACAACAAGCAUCUCUCAUUGCUAACUCCGAAGCUUCAAUGCGUCAAGCACAAUCUGCCUCUGACACUGCUCGUCACUUGUUGGCUGCAAGUGGUGGUAAAAAGAAAACCGAUGAAGAAACCAAAGUCGAUGAAGUAAAAGCAGCUCUUGAAGAUGAAGUUAAGAAACUUAAAGAUGAACUUAAACGUGAAACUAAAGAUAAGGAAGCUUUGAAAUCUCAGGCUGAAUCACUUAACCGAGAAUACGAUCGCCUUACUGAAGAGUUCAGUAAGCUUCAAAAUAAGAUGUCAAAAGCUGGUGGCGAUAAAUCAGAUUAAACAUUGAAAAAUUGAAAACUUGUGACCUUCAAAUUCAAUUUUUUCAUUUCUAUUUCUUAUCUUUUCCAUUUUUUUUUCUCGAUUUCUCUCUUUUCUCCCAACUAUGAUUCAUAAAUGUUGGCCUUCUACGUCAUAGUGUGGAAAAUAUUAUUCAUUCAAUUUUUAAUGAUGUGGUUAUUUUCACAUUCGUGAAGUUAUUUAUAUAAAACAACAACAAAGCAUGUGCAUGAUAAUUCAGCAUAAAUCGACAUGAAAGAUUUUUAAAUUUUUGGGAGUGUUGUUAAAAGAAAAAUGUAGGAAAUGAACAAUAAAAUAAAGAGAUUGGAAUGUUUUUUAUUCUUAAAAACUUA